AUGCAGCAGCCGACGUGCUCAAAUAUCCGCAUUCGCUCAACGCGCGACGCUCACAUCAUCUUCCAUGCAGUCUCCCUCAAUAUCCUGCCCAUCAUUUCCAGGCGUCUCGACGCCGAUGAGCGCGCAGCACUCCGCUCGGGUUGCGUCUACGCCUGGGAGGAGCGAGGUCCGCAUACAGAGGUAACCGGCCUCGGCAUUGAACGUUUCACGGAAGGCAGACGCUGGGGCCCCUCACGCGUCCGGGAUGAAUUCCUUUUCUACUACGAGAAGAGCCCUCCUGGACACCUGAGAGACAAGGAGAACCCCUACCUCGAGGAGCGGAUGCGUAAGCAUUGGGAUCCCCUUGUAAAGCAAACCUACAGCGUUUGGGUAGACAGUCCCAGAGGUCGCCGAAAGUGGCAUUUGACCGCCUACUUUACUCAGGCAACUGUCGACCGCUUGCAGACUGUGGAUGACCUGCCCCAGUUAGCAGGUAUCGAAGUUCCGCCUGGAAAAUACAUUUCAACGCGCCUUGGAAAGCCGCGGAGGCAAGAUGAUUCUAUUGUCGCCGGAACUGCUGGUCAUACAGCCGAUCCGCCGUCUCACGACGUAUUUCGGCCAACAAACGCGACUACAUCGCGCACUUAUGCACCGUUUCCAAUGCCGUACCAAGUCACACCUCCAGUUCCGCCCGUAGGGCCUCCGCAGAAUGUCUAUGACCAUCGCCAACAAUACUAUGGACAUCCGCCCCCGCCUAUGAACGGAUAUGAUUACCCUCAACAGCAAUUACUCGGAAGACCGAUCCACCCAGUUCCCGAACCGAACAGGCAAUAUUACAGUAAGAGGAUGUUUAUGGGACGUUAUAAAAUUGUUAAUAUCUCCUUUCACAGAUGGAGCUCCUACAGUUCGCCAUCCCGCUGA